GGCAGCACACCACAAAGUUGUUCACAAUACAGAUAAUAUUGUACAUUAACCUCUUCUAUACUCAAAACCAGCCUUGCCGGUAGGGCUUAGUGUCAUUAUGGGGAACCGAGGAAUGGAGGAAUUGAUCCCGAUUGUCAACAAAAUCCAAGAUGCUUUUGCAUCAAUCGGGUAYUCAUCGAUGAUCGAUCUUCCUCAAAUUGCCGUGGUUGGUAGUCAGAGCGCUGGAAAAAGCAGUGUUUUGGAAAACUUUGUUGGGAAAGACUUUCUUCCAAGGGGAUCGGGAAUAGUGACACGAAGACCUUUGAUUCUACAACUUUAUCCAUCAAAUUCAGAAUAUGCAGAGUUCCUYCAUUGCAAGAACAAGAAGUUUACCAACUUUGAAGAUGUGCGCAAGGAAAUUGUGGCAGAGACAGACAGAGUUACUGGGGGGAACAAAGGGAUCUCAAAUGUACCAAUUAAUCUUAGAGUCUAUUCUCCAAAUGUACUUAGUCUUACCCUGGUUGAUUUGCCUGGAAUGACUAAAGUACCAGUYGGUGACCAACCAGCAGAUAUUGAGUUCCAAAUCAGAGCAAUGCUGUUUGAAUUCAUCUCAAAAGAGAACUGUUURAUUCUGGCUGUUUCUCCUGCAAACACUGACUUGGCAAAUUCUGAUGCUCUUAAAAUUGCCAAAGAAGUGGAUCCUCAAGGUUCACGUACGAUUGGUGUGAUUACUAAACUGGAUUUGAUGGACAGUGGCACAGAUGCUAAGGAUAUUCUAGAGAACAGAGUCUUCCCUUUAAGAAGAGGCUAUGUUGGGAUUGUAAACAGAAGUCAAGCUGAUAUUGAUGGAAGAAAGGAUAUCAAGGCCGCYGUAGCAUCUGAACGCAAGUUUUUCCUUAGUCACCCUUCUUACAGGCACAUGGCUGAUAAGAUGGGUACUGCAUAUCUUCAAAAGGUUCUAAACCAGCAAUUGACCAAUCACAUUAAAGAUACUCUGCCAGAGUUACGUAGCAAGUUGCAAGACAAUGUGUUUGCUUUAGAGAAAGAGGUGAAAGAAUAUGAACACUACAAUCCAGAGGAUCCUUCUGUCAAAACUAAAGCUAUGAUGCAAAUGAUACAACAGUUCAGUGCAGACUUUGAGAAAGCCAUUGAAGGAUCUGGUGACAGCAUCAAUACAAUGGAACUAUCAGGUGGAGCCAAAAUCAACAGAAUAUUUCAUGAAAGAUUUCCUUAUGAGCUUGUCAAGGUUGAGUUUGAUGAGAAACAGUUAAGGAGGGAAAUCAUGUUUGCUAUCAAGAAUAUCCAUGGUAUCAGGGUUGGCUUGUUYACUCCUGAUAUGGCCUUUGAAGCAAUAGUCAAACGACAGAUUGAAAAGCUUCGUACACCUGCGAUCAAAUGUGUGGAUAUGGUGAUGACUGAACUGGCUAAUGUACUCAGAAAGUGUGCCAAUAAGAUGACAAAAUAUCCUUUACUAAGGGAUGAAGUGGAGAGGAUCGUUAUUGAUCACAUACGAAAAGGAGAGAUCAAGUCAAAAACACAGAUUGAUACAUUUGUGGAGCUAGAAUUAGCGUACAUCAACACCAACCACCCUGACUUCAUAGGAUAUGCUGAAGCACAAGUAACUUCAUCGUCUGCUGUUGAACGAAAAAAGCGCAAUAUUUCAAACCAGGUUAUACGAAAAGGAUGGCUCUCUGUGGCUCAGGCUGGUUUUAUGAAAGGCGUUGGUAUGGGUUCCAAAGAAUACUGGUUUGUCCUGACAGCUGAAUCACUCGCGUGGUACAGAGAUGAAACUGAGCAGGAAGCCAAAUAUCAGCUGCGUUUGGAUGGAGUGAGACUGAGGGAUGUAGAGGCUGGUUUCAUAUCUAAAAAGGUCGCAUUUGCACUCUUCAACCCAGAUACAAAAAAUUUGUUCAAAGACCACAAGCAACUCGAGUUAUCUGCUGACAAUCAGGAGAUAGUAGACAGCUGGAAAGCGUCUUUCCUUCGAGCAGGAGUCUAUCCUGAGCGUUCAUCUUCAGAAGAUAAAAGUUUGGGAGAAAUMGGAACACUUGACCCUCAAAUGGAAAGACAAGUCGAAACAAUUCGCAAUUUAGUGGAUUCGUACAUCAAGAUCGUCAGCAAGACAGUCAGAGAUCUGGUGCCGAAGACUAUCAUGUUUAUGAUAUGUAAUAAUAUUAAAGAAUUCAUCAAUUCAGAGUUGCUUGCCCACCUAUAUUCCACUGGAAACCAUAAUAGCAUGAUGCAAGAAAGCGAAGACGAAACGCUACGACGAGAAGAAAUGAUCAGAAUGUACCGAAGUACAAAAGAAGCUUUGCAGAUAGUGUCUGAUAUCGACAGCCACACCAACAGYACACCCCUCCCCCCUCCCAUCACGUCUGACGAUAUGGACUACAGGGGUCAGCCCAAUCCAAGCCCGAAACCAAGUCGUCGACCAAUGUCUACCCCUAGCUCUAGACCUACAGCUCCUGCACGGCCUGCUCCUUCAAGACCAGAUGCACCGUCUGUCCCCAGGAGRCCGCCAGCACCACCCAAGCCAAACGGUGCACCCCCAAUUCCAGGAAGACCACCCAUUCCUUCCCGACCUUCUUAGCAAUCGAGAUGAAGUAGGUGYUGUAUAAUUUUAGUUCUGAUUCAGCAAAUCACUGAUAUUAGUGAUAACAUAACCGAUAAAUGGAAUUGUAGUAUAGCCAUAGUGAAUGUAUCGCAAAUAUCAAAUAACAUUUUUGAAUGGCUUUAUAAUUAAUCAUCGWGGAAAACGCUCCYKAGCAAUCCCAGAAACUAACCCCGAAUUUUGUAAUUUUUGAGAUGUUGYACCCGAUGAAYAUUUGCACAGUUACCCAAUUCCAAGUGAAUUUGUAUCAAGUUGAUUAAAUGGUAAAUUAUGUACAUGGAAUAAUAAUAAAAAUAUGUAUUUUCUAACGGUAUGGAAUGGA